AUGAAAACAUCUACCCUUUUUACAAACGAGCUCAUUGUUCGCGAAAUAUUAACCUUUUUAAAAGACGAAGAUAUUUCAUUAUAUGCUUACCUAUUUAUAAAUAAAUGUUGGCUUCGACUUACAACAACUUUUCUAUGGAAGAAACCCUUUCAAAAUUCAAAAGUACCGAAAUCCAAUUCGCUUAUAACAACUUACAUCUCCUGCUUAUAUGACCAUUUCUGUGAAUGGCUAAAUGAGGAUGAAAUUACCAUGAUUAAGCAAAUGAUUAAUGCUUUUAAGCUUAAACCACCUCUCUAUGAAUAUGAAAGAUAUUUGAAAGAGAUUUCUUUUAAAUCCUUGAAUAAAGCUGUAUACCAUUGGUUUGAUCACGUAUUUGGCGAGCACGACAGUAAAGUUCAAUUUACUCAAAGCAUCGAACUUAAAUUAUUCAAAAUGUUUGCAAAACAAAGUAUUUGCAUUGAAUCAAUAGCAAUUGAUUUUGAAGUUGGUAACUUUUCGAAUAUAUUUGAGGGUGAAACAUUAAAGAUUUCAAACUUAAAAAGUCUUUUAUUAUCUUUUCCUCCAACGACCAAUGAUAGUUAUGUACUUAGUAUUAAAAAUUUUCUUCGUGGACUUCAAAAUGUCCUCAAAAGUCUUGAAGAGGUAUUCUUUUUGGUUGAUGAGACCGAAAGGAUUGAUGACAACCUUCAUACUAGCGGUAAUUACUUGAUUGAGAGAGCUACUGAUGAAAUAAUUUCCUUUGUGAAUUCUCAAAAACAUCUGAAGGGAUUUAAUUUGAUAGGUGAAGAAAAUUCCCAAUUAAAUGCCAAAAGAAUAAUUUUACCAGCUUUGAAAUCCCAAGUAAAUUCGUUGAUAUACUUGAAUAUUGACAAUGUAGAUUUUGGGCAAAUGGCAUUUCAAUAUUUUGAAAGGUGCUCUUGUUUGGAAUCUUUAGGCAUGAGUUACUGUACUGGAUUAACUCCGCAAUUUAUUGACCCUGAUACGAAAUUUCGGAACCUAAAGAAAUUGGAACUGUCUUUGAAUAAAUUUAGACCUGAAAUUACCGCGUUAAUCUUGAAGAAGGCAGGAGAAAAUUUAACCGAAUUAGAAAUUGAUGACGCUUCUGAAAAUAUCAUGAACACAUUAGUGGUACAUUGCAAUAAAAUCGAAAGCCUUACUAUUUCGGGAAGGUACAGUCGAGGUAGGUUGAUGUUGGCAAGGCUUCAAGAGUUAAGAGGCCUGAAAAGAUUAGAAUUCUUGUACGUCGCUGACGAGCACGAUGUACCGGGAAUGGAACAUGCUAGGUCCGAAAUUAAGGAAGUGGUGACAAAAUUAUUCGAUCCCGUAGAAUUUGAUCAUUUUUAUAGAAUUGCUAAUGAAUUUGAUCAUUCGUUAGUAUCAAUCACAUUCUUUAAUCAGAAUCAUUAUGGAGGACCUGAAAACGAUAAAUUUGAUUAUGAUCAGUGUUCUUUGGAGGUCAAUAUUAAUAAUUCCGUGGAUUCGGAUCCUUCGGGAGAGCGGGAAAAUAUAUAUGUGAGUCAUAUUACUCUAAAGAAGCAGCAAAGUGAUAUUUCGUUGAAAUUUGACGAUCUUUUAGAAAAAUUGAAGGAAAAAUGA